UAACCACGUGACACGAAGGCGACAAAAGCCAGCUUCGUGGUACAUGAGGUGAUAUAUAAGCGCUAGCUUGGUAGCUAGAAGUUUGUGAAGGAUGUUAGUUUGGUGGUAAUGUGAUUUGAAAUGAAUGUCAGAAGAGUAGGGUGCUUAUUCUUUCGGUCUCAGUGUUUAAUACCUCGUGGUGUCCUGACGAGUGUUCGACACAGCACUGAGCAAACACCGCCGGACAUAACAGAGAAAACCAGAUUUAGCCCAGCACCAGCAUCUAAAUAUGAUUGGAUUGGGCCACCAGACAGACUGUCAAACCUGCGGCCGAUCAUAUACCACAUCCCUGAGAAGGAGACCCAGCUGGAGAGGAAACUGAGACAUCUGAGGCAGGAAACAGAGGACUGGAACCAUGAGUUCUGGACAGGACAGAAUGUCACCUUUAGCAAGGAAAAAGAGGAAUACAUACAGUCACAGCUGAAGGCAAAAGGACUGACAGAAAGAGAUGAGAAUGGAAGAAAAAGGAAUUUAACUAGUGAGGAAAUGGCAGCCUUCUACAAACACUUCUUAGACAAAAACUGUAUGAAACAUGCAGCCUAUAACAAAGAAUGGUACAGACGGAACUUCACCAUUACAGCACUGAUGGCCAGAGUAACUCUGUGUAAUUUCUGGAGGACAGUAACUGGUCAAGCGAGGAGUAAAGGCAAACCCACAACAAUGUCCAAAUAAAGACUCUGUCAAUCAUUUUCUAGUGUCCAUGCUGUUCAGCUGAACAUCAUGACAUUCCACAAAGAUUUCAGUAAUGAUGAUCACAGUGGCAAUCUGUCAAAAUGUAAAUCUAAAAAUGCAUUAUAGUACUCCUAUGGUAUAUUCAUUUAACUAUGUAACAAGUUCAGAUGUAUAAAGAGUUGUAUUCUGAAUGUGUAA